GGGUCGACUAGGCAAAGCCAGCCUGCAGAGCAAGCAGAGGUCACCAGGAAGGGGAGCUGGCUGAACAGAGAUCCAAUUUCCAGCAGAAACCUAGGACCUCGGAGUUAAAGGACGAAUUUAUGGGCCUUUAAAUGAUCAGGACUCUGAAUAUUCACUGACUGAGAAGGAUUGUUCUGUAUCAAUGGAGGAGGAAGCAGGGGAGGAGCCAGGACCGGGCAGGUCAACGGCCUCCAAAGACUUCCACUUUUAUCACAUGGACCUGUAUGACUCUGAAGAUAGACUGCAGCUCUUCCCAGGAGAAAGCAGCAGAGUCAGGAGGGAAGUCACCCAGGCUGAACUGACCAAUGAGCCGAGAGGGCCAGGGGACAGUAAGAGUCUUCAGAACGAAGUGGACGAGCUUGUCCAUUUAUACGGACUUGAAGAUGAUCACGAGUUAGGGAAUGAGUUUGUUGAUGAACACAGACUGGGGACUCUGGGAUAUCCUUCUUAUGGGAUGAAGAGGAGAGACCCAGCCAGGGAACAGAGAGACUGGGGGCUCAGUGGUGAGACAGAUGAGGCCGAGGACCUGGGCUACGGAGGGCAAGUCCUUCCCGGCCAGUGCCAAGACCUUCGGGAAGCUUACAGGUACACACAUGGCCGUGCCAGUGAAGAGUAUGAAUGCUACGUCAUCCCAGAGGAGGAGGAUGAAGAAGAGCCUGCCGACAUCUUCUGUGUCACUUGCAAAAUUCCAGUAAGAACUGCUGAGAAGGAUUUUGAAAUACACAAGGAACAUGAAGUAACGCCGCUCAGCAAAGCGCUGGAAAGCGCCAAGGAUGAAAUUCACAAAAACAUGUGCAAACUGGAACAGCAGAUUAUUGAGAUGGAAAAUUUUGCCAGCCACCUGGAGGAGGUGUUCAUUACGGUGGAGGAGAAUUUCGGAAAACAAGAACAAACCUUUGAGUCACAUUACAAUGAGAUCUUGGAAACCCUCGCUCAAAAGUACGAAGAAAAAAUUCAAGCUCUAGGAGAGAAAAAGAAAGAGAAGCUGGAAGCUUUAUACGGGCAACUGGUCAGCUGUGGAGAAAACCUUGACGCCUGUAGAGAGCUGAUGGAAACCAUAGAGGAGAUGUGUCAUGAAGAGAAGGUGGAGUUCUUAAAGGAUGCAGUGGCUAUGACUGACAGACUGGGGAAAUUCCUGAAAACCAAAACAGACGUGGAGCUCUCUGCACAGCCUGAGUUUGAAGACCAGACCUUGGAUUUCUCUGAUGUGGAGCAGCUGAUGGACUCUAUCAACACCAUUCCAGCUCCCUCUGCUCCAGUGAUCAAUCCACAGGCCCCCAACUCGGCCACAGGGUCCUCCGUCCGCGUGUGUUGGAGCUUAUACUCUGACGACACCGUGGAAAGCUAUCAGCUGUCCUACAGGCCAGUGCGGGACAGCUCACCUGGCAAAGACCAAGCAGAAGUUACCAUGACAGUCAAAGAAACAUACUGCUCAGUGCGAAAUCUUGAGCCAAAUACCCAAUAUGAGUUUUGGGUGACGGCUCAGAACAGGACCGGCUGCAGCCCCGCCAGUGAGCGCGCGGUGUACAUGACAGCUCCCUCUCCCCCCACUAUAAAAAGUGAGGCAAUCAGAAGCUGUGAAGAGGCUGCGCUGAUUUGCUGGGAGUCUGGGAACCUGAAUCCUGUGGACUCCUACACAGUGGAGCUGGUCCAGGCAGAAACGCCGGAAGCCUCGGGGGUAACUGAGUCUGUUGUCGGCAUCCCAACUUGUGAGUCCCUGAUACAGCUGCAGCCCGGACACAGCUACACGAUCUACAUCCGCGCCCUCAAUGUCGGAGGCACCAGUGCCAGGAGUGAGCCUGCCACAGUGCACACCACAGGAAGCUACUUCCAGCUGAACAAGGACACCUGCCAUCCCUGGCUGACCAUUUCUGAAGAUGGGUUCACAGUGGUUCGAAGUGAGAAGAAAACUUUCAGAAGGGAGCUGCCACCCAGCAAGACCCAGUUUACCAGGUGUGUUGCUGUCAUUGGAAACCUGAUUCCAGUCCGAGGACGCCAUUACUGGGAGGUGGAGGUAGAGGAGCGUUUGGACUACACCAUCGGUGUGGCCUGUGAAGACGUCCCGAAACAGGAAGACCUGGGAGCAAACUGCUUGUCCUGGUGCAUGAGGCACACAUUUGCCUCCACAAGGCACCGGUAUGAAUUUCUGCACAACAGGACAACUCCCGACAUAAGAAUCACAGUUGCUCCGAAGAAGAUCGGCAUCCUGCUAGACUAUGAAAACUCCAAGCUGUCCUUUUUCAACGUGGACAUUGCUCAGCACCUGUACACAUUCAGCUGUCAGCUGCACCAAUUCGUGCAUCCCUGUUUUUCUUUGGAGAAGGCUGGACGCCUAAAGAUCUGCAAUGGCAUCUCAAUGCCAAAGCAUGUCGCUUUUUUUUAGGCCUUCUGAUGGUGUUUCAGGUCUUCCUGUCCUCUUCCCUGGGUCACCCUGACCUUGCUGGCUGACCUCGGUAUUCAAGUUUCCUGCGGCCAGCACAAGCUCAAGUUCACGGUAGUGUCUGGUAGAUGGUGUACUGAGCCCAUUUCAUCUGAUGUGUACUCAUCCAGUGUACGGCUCCCUGCGUGGUGCCGGGGAGCCGUUACCAGACCAGGCUGUCGGAUGAGGGGUCAGACUCUGAAUUCAAAGGACUCUUGUGGGGUCAAACCACACUUGUCUGUUUGUGGAUAUGUAAAGUGUUUUGAGUCUCCUAGCCUAUAGAUCUAGGGAUAGGGUCAGGAGGUCAUGAUGGCUUCAGCAGGCCCUGCACAUUGUGACAUUACACUAUUUACUAAGGACAGACCCAAGAAGGCAAAAAAAACUCUGCAGAAAUACCAUUUUGUAUUUUUCCUUGUACCAGGAAGUCAGGUACUCGUCUCAAGACCAUGUGGUAGACUGAGUAAGAACGGCCCCCACAGGCUCAUCUAUCUGAAUGCUCACUCAUCAGAAGUAGCACUAUUUGAGAAGGAUUAGGAUGAUUAGGAAGUGUGGCCUUGUUGGUAACGUGUGUCACUGGGGGUAGGCCUUGAGGUUUCACAAGCCACGCCAGGCCCAGUCUGCCUGCCUGCCUGUGGAUCAGGAUGUACCUCUCAGCUACUGCUCCAGUGCCAUGAGUGCCACCAUGCUUCCCGCCGUGAUGAUAAUGGACUAAGCCUCUGAAACUGUAAGCAAGCCCCCAUUACCUUUUCUAAGAGUUGCCUUGGUCAUGGCGUCUCUUCACAGCAACAGAAUAGUGACUGAGAUAGAAGUUGGUACCAGCGACUGGAGUCCUGCCAUGACAGGCCUGACGAUGCUGUUUGUUGGAGGGAUAUGGAAGAAUUUGGGACUUUGAACUAAAAAAGCGGUUGGACAUUUAAGUGGGGCUUAAUGGGAGCAUGGAAGACAGUGCUGAGGGUGAUUUGAACUGUGGGGGCCCAGAUCAAGAAGUCUGAGUGGGGAUGAAUAUUAGUAAGUGGCCUGCAGACCACUCUUACACUGUUUUGGCAAAGACUGUGGCUGCUUUUUGUCUUUGCCCUAGAAUUCUACCUGAAGCUAAAUUGAAGUUCUGGAUUAGGAUUUAGCAGAGAUUUCAAGACAGCCUGGCAUUGAGCCUGUCAUGUGGCUAUUAAUGAUUGCUCUCAUGCAGAUUUAUAAUGAAAAGGAGUAAGAGCAAGGCAAAAUAAAAAAUGCAGUUUGAGGAGAAAAGGAGCACCGGGAAAGGUUUGUUCUAGAGCCACGCCCUG